UCACAGAUUUGUUGUGCUUACUUAACUAUUUAAAAUAUAGAGCUAAAAGUUAAAUAGGUAUAGACAAUAAAAUAUAAAAAAAAACAAUUGAAAAUACUUAUCAUUUACUAGCAAUGAAAGGGACAAGAAUAUUGUCAGUGGCAGCUAAGUGUCUUGAAAUGCAAUUUGCAUCUUUGUAUAAUUAUGAAUCUUAUAACGUGAAAAGUGUGUAUUUUGAGGAUUAAACGCGAUGCGUACGAUAGAUUAUGUAGAAAACCGUUUUUGUAAGAAAAUGCGGGCCAAACGGAGUUUUUCACAUGCAGAUGUAGAGCAGGGCCUCCCCGAGGAGGAUGACCACCUGGAGCCUCUGCUGAGUGCUGGGGACAGACAUCCGCAGCUGCGACCUGCCCUGCCCAGCGACAUCAGCCUCUCGGACUUGAAAAACUACCCAGGCUUCCACGUGUCCAACAAUAACAUGACGGGUUCCACAGUAUCAUUGACCACCCCAUGCACGACGGUCAACAACACCCCGGUGACAGAAGGGGUGGAUGCCAUCCCGAAGAAAUGGAGAAGAAGCGACAGGAGGCUCAGGAGACUGAACACGGAGCUGCUGACUGCUAUUGAGGAGAACGAGGUUGAGGAGGUGGAAAGACUCCUCAAAGCAGGAGCCAACCCUAACGCCACCUGCCGUCAGAACUACGUCUCAGCCUGCCACGUCGCAGCCCUAAGCGGUGGAGAUGCCUUGUCUCUGCUCGUGAAGUUUGGAGCCGAGAAGUACAGGCUGGACAAACUGGGCAGAACACCACUGCACCUGGCGGCAUGGGCUGGAAACGCCAGGCAAAUGGCUAUCCUUUUGGACUUUCCUGAAGGCAUGUAUGAACGCGUCGACAACGACAGCAUGUCUUCAGACAUGGAAGAGGAGGUGAAGAAGUUAAGCGAGAAGACCAGAUCCCUGGCCAACGUGCGCUGCGACUUAGGAGUGGUCAAGACCCUCCUGCCGAGCACUUGGAAGGACAACAUUGAUCAUGACUGCAAGAAUAUUGACGGAACGCUGCCACUCUUAAAACCUGGCUGGACGCCGCUCCACGUGGCGACUUCAUGCGCUCGGAAGCAGUGCACCCGGCUACUCCUAGCAGCUGGAGCUGACCCCAACAUCUGCGACGAAAAUGGCAGAACGGCUCUGGAUGUCGCUGGCUCGGCGUACUACUAUGAUAUGCCUGUCGAUUCUCAGAGUUUCAAAGAAGUAGUCCAACUGAUCCUAAAAGUUGGUGGUCAAAACAACACCAUGAAAGUAUCUGGUCUUAACCACGUGGACACCCCCCUCCACACCGCAGUGGAGCUGGAAAAUGAGGACGUCAUCAAGGAACUGCUCCAAGUUGGUGCUUCUAUCGCCUCCUUGAACACUGCUGGACAGACCCCCCUUCAUGUGUGUGUGAAGAAGCAGUUGGAAGAUCCUUUAAAGAUAUUAGCUAAUGAAGGCAGAAAUGACACUGAUCCGUUGUCAGCGAUGGUAGACGUGAAAGAUCGCGAUGGACACACGGUCUUGCAGGCGGCCAUUGAAGCUGCGUGGGUGCCAGGCGUGUGCGUGGCAUUAGAGGCUGGAGCUGACGUCACUCUGAAGGCAAACGACGGUGAAACUCCAAUACACUCAGCUGCAGCAUUAGGCAACUUAGACGUCCUAAAUGAAAUCCUCAGUGUUGCCAAACAAAAAGACGCCAUUGACUAUCAAAACGAAGAAGGAGAGACGGCUCUAUUCAAAGCCAUCAUCAACAACCACACUGCUUGCGUCGUCGCAAUCCUAAAUGAAGGUGCAUCUAUAAAGAAAACUCUAACAGGCGACGUCAAUGUAUUCCACGUGGCUGCAGAAAGAGGGCACGUCGAUGUACUCAAAGUGUUACUAGAUCAUGACAAAGAAGCUACUAACUUGAUGCUUAACAGUCUCACCCAAGGAGACCGAAGAGGAUUUGGGCCAAUCCAUUUUGCUGUCUCCGAAAAUCAUUUAGAGUGCGUUGAACUGCUCAUGUCCAGAAACGCUGACAUUAGGCUAAGAACAACCAGCAGCCCACACAAAUCUUCGACGCCACUGCACAUAGCAGCCGUCAAAAAUCAUGGUGAAAUCGCAAAAGUCAUUCUAAAUUAUGAUAAGACAACAAUACACGAAGUCAAUUGCAUGGGAUGGUUCCCAUUGCAUUCUGCUAGUCACCACGGCAGCAGAGAUGUCAUAGUUCUUCUUUUGAGAGAAGGGGCAAAUCUAGCUGGCCACACAGAUGGACCAAAGAAGUUCAAAAGAACUGCUAUAGACAUGAUAAUAAACAACUUGUCGAAACCAACAGAAUUUCUGGAAGACGUCUUAGAUUCUUAUAUUUCUACAAAUGAACAGAACAUUCAGGACCCAAAUUGUGAAGUAACAGUUGAUUAUAGAAUUUUGAUGCCCAGUGUGUGUGAAAUGGAACAAAUGAAAGUUAUCGAAGCCCUCCUUAAAACAGGCAAUAGACAUGGACAAAAAAGGCUUCUGGUCCAUCCUUUAAUAGAAAGCUUUUUAUAUCUUAAAUGGAGAGCGCUGUUACCAUUUUUCUACACAAUCAUAGCAUUUUAUGGCCUUUUUGUUAUGUCGUUGACUAUUUUUGCUAUAUCUGUAUUCUUUUACAAGGACACUCUUGAAACGAAACCAGAUUGGCUUAAUUCAACGAUAUGGGGAUACAUAGUAUACGGUACAAUUUCAUUGAUUCUGUUGCAAGAACUACUCUACAUGAAUGUCAAGAGCAGCCGCUACUUUUUCCAACUAGAAACAUGGGUGAAAUUUGGUUCCCUAGGCCUGGCCGUCCUUCUUCCACCUGCAGUCUUGAUACCGGGUUGGGAGGACGCUGAGUGGCCAAGACAUGUGGCCACUGGAGCCCUUCUCCUGGCCUGGAUCCAGAUGAUGUUCUUGUUGUCCCGGUUCCCAAACUGGGGAUAUUAUGUGCUUAUGUUUGGCAAGGUGGCGUCCAACGUUGUUAAGAUUCUAUUAACAUUUGCCUUCUUAGUCAUCGGUUUCUCUCUCAGCUUCAUGAUUCAGUUUCGGUCUAAGACUCCUUUCGACAGCCCGUUUGCUGCCCUUAUAAAGACUGUCGUCAUGAUGACGUCAGAAUUCGAGUACGACUCUCUCUUCGACGAGGAGCACUCCAACCAACUCGCCUUCUCCUUCCAAGUCGUCCGCCUCAUUUUUGUUGCUUUCCUCAUCUUGGCGGCCAUCGUCCUCAUGAACCUGAUGGUUGGUGUGGCCGUUAACGACAUCACCGACCUAGAACUCCUUGGGAACAUCAGAAGGCUUGACAAACAAGUUGGUUUCUUGAGCACUCUAGACACUUUAGUCUACAACAGAAUCUUUAGCAGAAUAUUACCAAGACGGGUCAAUAGUAAGAUCAAAUAUAAAAGAAACGUUAGCGGAGUGUUGACGCUAAGACCUGGGAGACCUAGAUGGAGGAUCUCCAAGAUUCUUCCGUCAAGGAUUCGGGACGCAAUUUUCAAUAAGGCACAGUCGCAGAAGAAGCAGCAGGACGACGAGUUAGACGUUAGGAACUUCAAGGUGUUGCUGAAUGAUAUACAUGAGGAAAUUGUUGCGAAGAAGCGGAGACAAAUUGAGGCGACUGAGGCGCAAAAGGACUUAGAGAGUCGACCAGGAAAGAACAGGUUUAGACAUGAGGAACUUAUGAAAAGGCUUAAUCAUUUGGAUGGGGAGAUGACGGGAGUCAGGGAACAGGUCACAAGUCUGACAGAUGAGAAGUCGCCGUUAGAAGCACUGAAUGUUAAAGUCGAUCAGAUGUCUAUAGAAAUGUUGGAAAUCAAAGAGUUCUUGAUGAGGCUGGAGAGUAAGAUUGGUAGUAUUGCGAAGUAGCAGCUAGAAAUUUUCUAAAAAGAAUUCCAUUUUACUUAAAGGCUGAGGUAUUAUUACUCCUUAUCCAAUUUUUAAUUAACAUUAAGCGUCAUUAAAAGACUAUUUUGGAUAAAAUAACAAUGACUUAUCGAACGUAAAGUUCGUAAUCAAUGUUAAGUAUCAGUCUGAUCUAUCAGGAACCAUAUUUUAUUAUUUUACAUAUUAAUUAGUAAAAGAAAAA